AUGGAGCUCUCUUAUCACGAGAGCAUAGGGCCGUCCUUGCAGCUCCGGACACUAAGGAGAGUUCCCGACACUGCGCAAUGCAUUAAUUAUGCAUUAGGUGGAAACAUUGACGGGCUGAAGUUCCUAUUUAGUGAAGGGUUGGCAUCGCCUCGAGACAUCAGUGCCACACGUGGCUAUUCCCUUCUCCGAUGGGCCUUGUAUGGCAAACAAUACAAGACGUGCAACUUCUUGACACAAGCCAACGCAGAUAUUGACCAUAAGCCGCUGGCUGCAUUUGAUAAUAGCCCGCGUAUUAAGGCAUGUCACUUCCUGUUAGAGGGUAACCUGUCGGAGGUCGCUGAGGACGCUCUUCGUGCCAUUACCAAAGGUAGUGAAUAUCUGGAUGAUUUUAUUGAGGAAUCAAACUUCACCCAAACUCAUCGAAUCGUCCUCGGCCUUUCAAGUAGUGAUUUAGGCCAAGAGCUACUGUCACAUUCCUAUGAAAUCAACGCGCAAGAUGCAAUGGGACGUACAGCUCUGGCAUGGGCAGCUGCGAGGGGGGAUGGCCAUUCCAUUGUGACCUUACUGAGAUACGGCGCUGAUCCGGAUAUUAUGGAUUCCCAAAUAUCUGGUCCGCUGUCAAAUGCAGCAGCUCAAGGUCAUACAGCAUGUGUACAGCUCCUUCUGGAUGCCGGAGCAUCCCCGAAUCUCCCGUUUCCUCCUGGGAUCAAAAAGGGGGGCCCUUUGAACGUCGCCGCCCGAAGAUCUGAUGACCCUGUUCUCGUCAAAGUUCUUUUGGAUUUCGGGGCUGAGGUUGACCAGGCGGGAGUAGAUGGCAAGACUGCCCUCUUUCAUGCAGCGCAGAAUAAUGAUGCUACUCUGGCAAUACUUCUUCUCGAGCAUGGCGCAGAAAUCAACACAGCGACAGAGACAGGAGACACCCCUUUAACCACUGCAAUCACAUACAACAGCCACCAUGUGCUAAGGCUCUUCCUCGAACGUUGGCAAGAUUAUUCCGUGUGUCCUCGGUUGAAAGGACCAAAUCUUCUCAACGUUACGGCCCUGUACGCCGACUUGGAAACCAUUCGCAUCCUGGCAAACACGAAUCACUUCCGCAUUAAGUAUGACGAGAAAUAUAUAUCAGAUGAUUUCGGGAAAGUUAUGCGCCAACGCCAAGACGCGACAGAAAAGUUAACAGAGGCGUUUGACGAAUUGCUAAGCAUCUUUGAGCAUGCAGCACAAAGAUGGCGAGGGGCCGAGAGUUUACUGGAAGCGGGACAGUGGCCUUGCUUCAUCUCUCGCUCAAAUACGUGGGAAACGGCACCUAAUAGCCCAAGGUACAGUGAUCAAGGAUCAGAUGACCAAUUUUAUGAUGCACGAGAUCUACCGAACACCGAGAGGCCGGUCAUGUAG